AUGGUAUCAGCGACUCAAUCCACUAUAAGACAAAGACAGAAUCAAAACUCCACAAAGGACACCAAACAACAAGCACCCAAGUUAACUCUGGCACUGGACCCGGUUCCAACCGCCAGUAGUCCCCUUGCAAGAAGAUUGGCUUACUAUCACGAAUUAGACGAGUGGCAAAAGGACAAUCAUUACAUCCGGUCAGGCUACGUUCGAGGAACGUCUUCGUAUUGGGAAAGUUUUAAAUCGUUGGGAUAUUUGCACAAUGAGACAGUUAACAUUUACACCCACUUGGUACCUUCAAGCAUCUCAUUUUGGUUGAUUUUAUACUACAUAAACUUUCAACUCCGGAUAUAUGAUAACUACUUGGGCGUAUGGGAGAAAUUAAAUUUCAUUCAAUUUGGACUAGCAUGCACAUUUUGCAUGUUUAUGUCGUCCGUAUUCCACACAUUAAAAUCGCAUUCACAUAAAGUUAGUAAAUUUGGUAAUCAAUUGGACUAUUUUGGAAUCGUCAUCUUGAUUACAUGCUCAUUGAUUUCAAUCAUCUUGUUUGCAUAUUAUGAUGAGCCUUGGGAGAAAUGGAUUUUUGUUGCAUUGACCUUGUUUUUUGGAACUGUAUGUACUGUUUUCACAUUGCAUCCGGAAUUUUCCAAAAAUUACUAUCGGCCAUUUAGGUCCACCAUGUUUAUUCUUUUUGGACUUUCUGGAGUUUUACCAGUUGCGUUUGGAAUUUACAAAUUUGGAGCUGUAACAACACUGGAACGAUGCGGAGUCAAAUGGUUGGUCUUAGAAGGGGUGUUUUAUAUCCUGGGCGCGGUGUUGUAUGCAGCUAGAUUCCCCGAGCGAUUGACAUAUGUUGAGGAGGCGGAUGAACAUCUGUCGUUGCUCGAUCCGAAAACUGGGAAAUUUGAUAUUUGGGGACAUUCACAUCAAAUAUUCCAUGUGUUUGUAGUGAUUGCUGCGUAUUGUCAUUGGUUGGCGUUGGUGCAGUGUUAUCACUAUUUGCAUCAACACAUCUUGGUAUAA